GUCUUUAUGUAGGAAUUUAUAUAUGUCGUCAAUAUAUAUCCUGGCAAUUAACCAACACGUACAAAAACUUACUCUAUCAUUCAUUCAAUUCAUAAUUUAUACAUGGAAAAAGAAAAGGAAUUAGAAGGAGUUAUAGUGACGGGUAACCAGAACCCAAUCACAGAAUUAGUGACUAAAUGGAGAGAAUAUACAAAUUUCUUAGAUAAAUGGACCUCCAAACAGUCUUUACCUGUCAAGGCAGCUGUUCACGCCACCACAGAAGGCAUCAACUAUGCCGGUGCUGGUCUGGUUGUCGGGUUUUGGUUGAACAGGCACAAAGAGUUCACUAGUUGUCCUCUAAAAGUGCCCUGGAUAGUGGCUCGUAAAUUUGCUCCUCUUGGGGCUGUUCCGGCGUCCAUAUAUACUGUCAUGGAAGGAUUGACAGGCAAAAAGGAUAUCACGGCAUCGUAA